GGAGCAAGCUCAGUCUGUGCGAACAAGUGCUGGUUGACGGCCGUUGUUUACGAUGAAGCUAAAGUCUAUUGCCAUGGUGCUAAAAAAUUUUUUAGACGGUGCCUAGCACGAACUUUGCAGUGAGCUGUCGUCAACAGAGAUUGGAAUUACUCGGUACUAAUUGGAAUAUUAAACCCAAACACCGACGGAUGAUUACUGAUGAUAUUCGCAGAUUAAUUUAGUUGCUGCCGCAAAUUUUUUGUGUAGCUGCUCUAGAGGGAUACUAAACCUAAACUGGACCGAGCUAAACCAGACAUACUUCGAGUGGUUCGCGAGUUUAAGUUUAUGGUGUAUUAGGUAUUAAGUGAACUGUCAAUCGACAUUUUCAAUGGUGAUGUCAGAGCAGACAGGCGGAAUCGCCAUGCAUCACCAGCUACCGAUGCACCAUAGUCGGGGCUUGGUGCAGCCAAGCCUGGUGAUGAAUCCUCAUCCCAUUGGUCCUGGAGAUUCGUGUUCCAUGGACUCCCAAAAUGAAAAGUCUCGGAGACUAAGCCAUUGCAUCGGUUGUGGUAACCAAAUUCACGACCAGUACAUCCUCAGGGUGGCACCAGACCUCGAAUGGCACGCAGCGUGUCUAAAAUGUCAGGAAUGCAGAAUGUUUCUCGACGAGACAUGUACCUGCUUCGUCAGAGACGGCAAAACUUACUGCAAAAGGGAUUAUGUAAAGUUGUUCGGCACCAAAUGUGACAAAUGUGGCAAUUUCUUUAGUAAGAACGACUUUGUGAUGCGCGCCAAGAGUAAAAUUUAUCACAUAGAAUGUUUCCGGUGUUGUCAGUGCGCGAGACGUUUGGUGCCGGGAGACGAGUUCGCGCUUAGAGACGGGGGUACACUUUACUGCAAAGAGGACCAUGACGUUAUUGAAGGCCAGAAGGGAAACAGCGGAGGGACGUCAUCGGGACCUGCGACACCUCAUCCCGGUGCUGCGGAGAGUAACAACAACACAAGUUUAAGCAACAAUAAUCACAGCAACUCGACUGAGUUGGGGUGCAUGUCCGAUUCGGGUUCGGAAAGCGGUUCCCACAAGGGCGGCGGUAUCAGGAAAAGUAGCACAAGUGGCGUCGGCGGUGGCGGAGACGGCAAACCGACUCGAGUUCGUACAGUACUCAAUGAGAAACAACUGCACACCCUAAGGACCUGCUACGCUGCUAAUCCAAGACCUGAUGCGCUGAUGAAAGAACAAUUGGUCGAAAUGACUGGAUUGAGUCCGCGGGUGAUACGAGUUUGGUUCCAAAACAAGCGAUGCAAGGAUAAAAAGAAGACAAUCUUGAUGAAACAACAAAUGCAACAAGAAAAGGAUGGCCGCAAGCUUGGGUAUGGUGCAAUGCAAGGUAUUCCGAUGGUCGCAUCGUCGCCAGUCCGGCACGACUCACCACUUGGGGUUCAUCCCUUAGAAGUACAAGCGUACCAGCCUCCGUGGAAAGCCCUUAGUGAUUUUGCAUUGCAUUCGGAUCUCGAGCAACCUCACCAACCUGCGUUUCAGCAACUUGUUAAUCAGAUGCACGGUUACGACUUACCUCCACCGUCGUUAGGCGGACCACCGCCAGGCGGUGCAGGUCCUGGGCAUCCAGGAUCUUUAAUAGGACCUGGCGGACCUCCUCCACCAUCUGAUAUGAGUCAUCCCGACAGUACAGACGGCUACGUGACGUACCUAGAUGCAAGCGACGACAGUUGCCUGCUAGCCCCUAACACGGCUAGCGCACACCUAAUAAGGGGCUCAAUAUCGAGCCCUUGUUCUUAGGUCGCCUCCUCAACUACCGGAGAUUAAAUCGAUCGGUUAGAGACAGUUCGAGUCCGAUGUCGUACUGUGAAUACGAAAGAUCCAUGUGGUUGGAUGCUUUGGAGCCACGCGUCGCACUAUGGAGAGCGUGUUGGAGUUUAAUGUCACAACAAAACGCAGCAUUGGGAUUGAAUCUUGGAGCUGGUUUUUAGAAAUAUAGCAGAGAGAUACGUGAUAUCGUUAGAACAUUAUAAACAAAUUAUUGUAAAAAGUUAUAUUCGACGAAACGUUUUUACAUUUUAGUGCAUUUUUAUCGUCCGCUAUGUUUGAAUGUUUUUCGAUUAUUUGUUGAAGUUUAGAAAUAUGCGUUCAGUUUGUUGUUGAUACUUAAAUACUGUUUCUUGAGAUUAUUAUCUGUAAAUUGCAGCGUAGCCUGUUGUUAAUUUUAAACUAGCGCCCUUGAUUUAUGUACUCAUGUUUUGUAAAUUUCAUCCGCACGGCGGCGAAGGCGUCCGAGGGCAAGCCUAUUAUGUCGCCUAAACCAAACCAAUAUUGUUUCGCAGUGUUUUCGAAUUUGUUUCUUAAAAGGAGAACACAUUCUAUUAUUUUUUCAGUUAUAGCAACAUAAAAAAUGAAACUUGAAGUUGAGUUGAUAGUCUUAUCCAUCCUAUCUAUAAUAAUUAAUAAAAAAAAAAUCUUUCUACAAUUUAGAGUUGUGUUCAACUGGUCGAUUAUUUUAAUAAAAUUAAAGUUUUAGAGGUCUGUUUCUCCUAUAACUUCAUUUUGAUUCUUUUUUAAAACAUCGCUAAGCAGAACUAACCAAAACUAUUAUAGUCAAUAUAAUAAUAACGCAUAUUUCUUUGAUUUUGUUUUGAAUUUCCGCGGCAGUUGAACAAAUUCACAUUGCUGAAAAUCGCGAGAAUAAGUUUCAAUUGUGUAAACGCGAUUUUUUUUAACCAAAAUUUUAAAGCUACAACAGAGUGAGACAGAGAAUUUUUUUCAGACAUUCACUAUAUGCCACGUACCGUGCGUUCAAUUUAUCUUGAUAACGUUUUAAUUGGCUGUAACUUUUCGUUUUUAGAAAUAUCAAUGUAAACAAAAAACAAAAUGUAGGAUUAGUAACCAAGUUUUUUCCAGUGACGUAUUAAACAAAACACUAUCAACUUUCUGGCAUAUAAGCCUACAUCGUAUUUUUUUAAAUGGAACAUCCCGCAUAUUAUAUAUCUUUUUAAUAGAAUAUCUUAUUCCGAUCACAAUGAUGUAACAAAACAUAUAUUUUAGUCUACUGGCUUUUGAUAAAUCGGAAAAAAUUGGAAUUUUUAUAUAAUUUCAAUGAGUGCCGUGACUGACUGCAACAACAAUAAUUAUUUACAAAUUAAAGUAGAACAAAAACACUAAAAAUGAAAAGACACACUAAAGUAAAAAAUUCUUUAACUAUUUUAAAUACUGCUGUAUGUAACCACCAUUUUCCUGAACACAUUUCUCAUACAUUCUAAUUGUAUGAUGUCUUGCAUUUAGUAACGUUUCCGGAUUGUCCCUUAGAUUGAUUGCCUCUGAAAACCUUUGCCGAAGUUCCACGACAUUAUUACAAGUAGUUCUGUGCACGUGAUUCUUUAUGUGUCCCCAAAAGAAAAAAUACAUUAAAGUUAUGCCCAUAUCCACCACACUAUAAACCCCUGGGUUUUGAUUUCGUGUAUUUGUCUAGGAUUAUUUAAAGGCCAAUAUUGCGUAUUUUGUAUAUUACAACCUUUUCUUGUAGUGAACGAACUUUCAUCAGUCCAUAAAAUGUUUUUAAAAAAAAUAUUAUUCACCUUAUGUCUAUUUAAAAAAUCCAAACAAAACUGCAUCCUCCUUUGACAUUGUUCUACACUUAGUUUUUGAGUUUUAUAAACUAUAAAUGCAUUAUAUUUAUAUUCUUUCAAAACUGAGUGAAUUGAUCCCCCCUCUCUCUUUAUAUACUCUAGUAAUAGAGCAAACUGGAUGUGCUUCAUAGAAUCCUAAUAUGUUUACCUUAUUUUCUUCAUUUAAAAUAUUUUGAUUCCGGCAUACCUUUUAAGCAUUUAAUACAUUACCGUUUUCUGCAAAUUUCUUUGCCAGCCUUGGAAAUAUCUGUUUUGAAGGAGUUCGGGGCUCUGAAUAAAGUGUAAUAUACUGACGACGAGCGGGGGUUGCACUUUUAUUAUUCUGAAAGUAUACUUGAAGCAUAUCACUCCUUCCAGCGAUGCUAAAUUCGCCAUUUUAACAAUAGUGACUUGGACAAUAAUUCAACCAUCAACGUUGUUUACUAAUAUAUCAAACAUAAACAUCUUUUUAUUUGUCAAUCAGGGCACUUUUGAAAUUAUAAAAAAAAUCCUAUUUUUGCCGAUUUGUCAAAAGCGAGUGGACUAAAAUAUAAAGUGUUACAUUAUUGUAAUCGGAAUAAGAUAUUCUAUUAAACAUAUCUAUAAUAUACAGGGUGUUCUAUUUAAACAAAAUAUGAUGUCAAAAAAUUGAUAGUUUUGUCUUAAAUGUUACUUGGGAAAAACUUGGCUAGCUACUAACCCUAUAUUUUGUUUUUUUGUUUAAACUGAUAUCUCCAAAAACAAAAAAGUUGCAGCCGAUUAAAAUGUUCUCAAGAUAAAUUGAACGCAUGGUACAUAUAUAAAUAUAAAAUCUUGAAACGUAUGAGAAUUAUAGGAUAUCAAAAAUUAUCACGACUUUUUUUUCGAGAUCAACUUGGAAAACCAAAGGAGGUGCAUAUAUCUAUUAAAAAUUAACUUACAACAUGGAAUUAAAAAAUAAGUUGAUCUGGACCGGAAGUUUAAUUAAGUAAUUGUUCUAUACAUUUAGAAUUUUUUUAGAAAAAAACUUGACUUAUGUCUCAUUUUAUGUCGGUGCCGUUAGGUAUUGCCCUCGAGAUUCUUCGGCAGCUGGGCCCCAACAUAAUCCACAACAACAGUUAUCUAGUAAAUUUAAAUUAGUACAGUUAAUAUUACUUCGCGAUAGAAAACCGAUAAAACAUUUUUUUGCCAAAGAAAGUUUUAGCACACUCGCCCUAGAUACGCUGAUACCAAAUUCUCUCCGUCAUAAAAUCAGACAAUUUUGUUAGUACCAGAUUCCAAACUCCCACUAUGAUUACCAUUACUCUGCGUUGUUGACGUUCUCGUUAAAAACGUCUUGAUUACCCGACAUAGCAUAAAGUACGUUCCCUGGAGUAAGCUUCAUCUAGAUCUCAUCCUCAAGGAGCAACCAUACAUAAAGAUCUAUAAAAUCCCGAAGCAUGAAAUAGCGCAGUUAUCGUUUUUGGACUUACAGAGUAGGUAGUUGUUAUUUUAUGAUAUGGCGGACUCCGAGAUUUUGUUCACCAUAGCGGCAUUUUUAAAAAGCAUUGAUCUUGUUCAUUAUCAAAUUUUUUUGUAACCUAUAUUGUUGAAUACACAUUUGUACAAAUUACGUAAAUCCGAUGGAUCGGUUUGUUUGUGGAUGUAACAAAAAUACUGUUUAGAGGUAUAGUAAUGAUAUUGUGCAUAUUUUUACAAAAGCUUGUAAUUGCGAGACUAUUUAUUGCAAACCAUGAGAUUUAAUAAAUUAAUAAUUACAUAUUUGAUAAUAUGACAAAUGAAAUCUGCAGUAAUUAUAUAACAAUUUGUAAAUAAAC